AUGGGGGUUGGGCUGGGCCAAGUUCAGCCCGCUCCAGCUGGAAACCGACUCGACGUUUUGUGGUACAAAACGACCUAGGGCUUCGUUUCAGAACUUGAUAAUUUGGAGGUUGCUUUGUUCGAUUCUCUUCAAGCUUUGACCUUUUCGCGAGCACAAAGAAAGAAUCAACAGUAACCAUGCCGAAGAACAAGGGAAAAGGAGGAAAGAACAGGAAGAGAGGAAAGAAUGAAGCUGAUGAUGAGAAGCGUGAGCUUGUUUUCAAGGAAGACGGUCAGGAAUAUGCUCAGGUGCUUAGAAUGUUGGGUAAUGGCCGUUGUGAAGCCAUGUGCAUUGAUGGAACCAAGCGGCUUUGCCAUAUACGAGGGAAAAUGCACAAGAAAGUUUGGAUUGCAGCUGGAGAUAUUAUACUCGUCGGUCUUCGUGAUUACCAGGACGACAAGGCUGAUGUGAUCCUCAAGUACAUGCCUGAUGAGGCUAGGCUUCUUAAGGCGUAUGGUGAGCUACCGGAGAGUACCCGUCUCAAUGAAGGCAUCGCUGGAGGUCUUGAAGAUGAGGAAGAAGGUGCUGGUGAUGACUACAUUGAGUUUGAGGAUGAAGAUAUUGAUAAGAUAUAGGGGAAAAGAAAAUCAAAUUAUAUUUGCAUUUUUAAUGUUCAAUUAUAUAAAGUGCUAUUUGACUACGGUGAUAUGAGUCAAAGUUGCACUUUAUAAUGUGGUGGGUUGGUUAUGUUCCUUGUAACAUUUUCUCUUACUAAUAUAUCUAUCUUGUUUGCACUUUUGCAACUCUAUAAAGAUCUCUGCUUGUAGCUC